AUGAGACCACGCCUUGACGGACCAACGGAUUCGUCCAGCACUCUCGUUGGUUCGGCUAUGGAACGAAAGCUGCACCCGGAGGAGUCUAUAACGGAACGGAUCGAUACUUCUGAUCGACUAAACGAACUGCGAAACUUGAUGGAGAAGGAGAAGGAACCACUUCAGAUGUAUAUCGUACCCAGUGAAGAUGCUCACGGAUCAGAAUAUGUGUCCGCGAGUGACCAAAGGCGGAAGUUCAUUUCUGGCUUCACGGGUUCCGCUGGCCAGGCUAUUGUAACGAUGGAUGCCGCCUACCUGAUUACAGACUCCAGAUACUGGAUCCAAGCUCAGAACCAGCUUGAUUCUCAUUGGACCUUGGUGAAAGCAGGCGGUCCUGGGAACCCGAAGGACUGGAUAGAAUGGCUCGUGGAUUAUCCUCGGAUAUCCAAUUCUCGUAUUGGUAUCGACGGACGUAUGAUCUCACAUGAGAAGGCCGUGCUUGUCAACAGCAAAUUGGCCAGCCGUGGAUCAAAGCUCGUAUACCCCAUCCAAAACUUGAUCGACCUCGUCUGGAAAGAUAAACCUCCAAAGUCGAGAGAGCCAGUCUUCUUGCAUCCGAUUGAAUUUACAGGCGAAGAUGCUACUUCCAAGAUUCGUCGAGUCAGGGAUUGGAUCAAGUCGCAGCCCCCAGAUAUUUCUCAGUACUCUCGGUCCCAGGAAGCCAAGCCUUCACAGAUCAACAUUGCCACACUCAUAACAUCGUUGGAUGCUAUCGCGUGGUUGCUUAACAUGCGUGGCUCAGACAUCCCAUACAACCCCCUCUUUCACGCAUACCUUUUCGUAGGCCUGGAUAAUGUCGUCCUGUUCCUCGAAAAAUCCAAAGUCUCCGAUGAGGUGGCCGCCUAUCUUCAAAACAUCGGUGUGGAAAGAAGAGACUACGUUGAUGUUUGGUCAUUUUUAAGGAAGCGGGAAUGGAAAAGCGAGGGCAAGAUCAUCAUAUCCCCUCAGACCUCGUAUACUGUUUUCCUUGUCCUUACACACAUGCGGUGUACAGUUCUUCCUUCCUAUGUCGAACAUAUGAUGGCGCUCAAGAAUGAAGUCGAGCUGGAAGGUCUCCGAAGGGCGUAUCUUAGAGAUGGAGUUUGCUACGUUCGCUUUCUCGCCUGGUUGGAUGAUAAAGUCAACCAAGGUUACGAUAUCACGGAAUGGGAAGCCGCUCAUCGGCUUACUGAAUUUCGCCGCAAAGCUAAACACUUUAUGGGUCUUGCGUACGAAAACAUAUCUGCUUCUGGUCCCAAUGCGGCUCUCCCGCAUUACUCGCCUAAGAAGUAUGAAACGGAAAUGAUUUCGAGAAAUGCUCCUUAUCUCAAUGAUUCUGGCGGGCAAUAUCUGGAUGGUACAUGUGAUACCACCAGGACAGUACAUUUCGGCCGACCAGAUCCUGAGCAAUGCGAGGCUUAUACACGUGUACUCCAGGGGCAUAUUGCCAUAGAUAGUGCGGUGUUCCCAGAGGGUACAUCCGGCCAUCAGCUGGAUGUUCUUGCCCGCAGAGCACUCUGGAAAGAUGGUUUGAAUUAUCUCCAUGGAACUGGGCACGGGUUUGGCUCCUUCCUGACUGUGCACGAAGGUCCUCAGGGUUUCUCGAGUAACGUCCCACUUGUUCCUGGGCAUGUAGUCACGAAUGAGCCAGGUUUCUACAAUGUCGGAAAAUGGGGAAUGCGGAUUGAAUCCGCUCUCAUUGUACGGAGGUUCAAGACCAGAGGCAACUUUAACGGGGACAUCUGGCUUGGUUUCGAGCGCCUCACUUGUGUUCCGAUCCAAACCCGGAUGGUCAAAGAAAGUAUGCUCACGAAGGAAGAAAAGCAGUGGUUGAAGGAUCACAACUCUCGAUGUUACGAUAUCCUUAUGCCCUACCUCAAAGAUGACAAACGUGCUAUGAACUGGCUGCGACGAGAGUCUCAACGCCAGAUCGGUCUGGCUAACCCUGCGCCUGGAGGUCUCACCGUCGACUGGGGUUAG